CGACAGGACUCAGCGGUCAUGGCCGGCAGUCUGACCCACCACGGCUCCCCGAAUCCCGGCUACAGCUCCAACAACAACGCGGUCCCGGUGCCGGUCAUCACACAGACGGACUCCCGGGACAAAUGGAGCAAAAAGAUGGAUUUUCUCUUGUCUGUAAUUGGCUUUGCUGUGGACCUGGGGAAUGUUUGGAGAUUUCCGUACAUAUGUUAUCAAAACGGUGGCGGUGCUUUCCUUAUUCCCUACAUUUUGAUGGCCAUCUUUGGUGGUGUUCCACUCUUUUACAUGGAGCUGGCACUGGGACAGUUUCACAGAACUGGAGCCAUAUCAAUAUGGAAACACAUAUGUCCCAUUUUCAAAGGUAUAGGAUAUGCCAUCUGUAUCAUCGCUCUGUAUGUGUCCUUCUACUACAACACCAUCAUUGCCUGGGCCCUCUUCUACUUCUAUUCCUCAUUCUCCCCCAUCUUGCCUUGGACUAACUGUGACAAUGUGUGGAACACCCCUGACUGCACCAACUAUUUUGGCAUGGACAACAUCACCUGGACAAAUGCCUCCAGGUCUCCAGCAGAGGAAUUUUACACGAGGAAUGUUCUUGAGAUCCACAAGUCAUCUGGGCUGAGAGAUGUUGGGGGUGUUCGCUGGCAGCUGAUACUCUGCCUUUUUCUCAUUUUCACCAUAGUAUACUUCAGCCUGUGGAAGGGCGUGAAGACUUCAGGGAAGGUAGUGUGGGUGACUGCCACAUUGCCCUACAUUGUGCUUUUUAUCCUGCUCAUUCGAGGUGCCACUCUGCCAGGAGCCUGGAGAGGUGUGGUGUUUUACCUGAAACCGCAGUGGGAAAAGCUACUGGAGACCAGUGUGUGGGUGGAUGCUGCUGCUCAGAUAUUCUUCUCUCUGGGGCCAGGGUUUGGGGUCCUCCUGGCUCUUUCCAGCUACAACCCUUUCACAAACAACUGCUAUCGUGAUGCCAUUGUGACCAGCUUGGUAAACUGUCUGACCAGCUUUGUGUCAGGUUUCGUCAUCUUCACGGUACUGGGCUACAUGGCAGAGAUGAGGAAAGUGGAGGUUGAGGAUGUAGCCAGGGACAAAGGACCAAGCUUACUCUUCAUCACUUACCCAGAGGCAAUUGCAAACAUGAUGGGCUCGACCUUUUUCGCAAUCAUCUUUUUUGUGAUGAUGAUCACGCUGGGACUGGACAGUACGUUUGGAGGGCUGGAGGCGAUCAUCACUGCCGUGUUGGAUGAAUACCCCGAUCAAUUCUAUCACAGACGGGAACUUUUUGUUCUCUGCUUGGUGGUUGUUUGUUUUUUAGGCUCUCUGAGCACCCUUACCAAUGGUGGUGCCUACGUGGUGAAGCUGCUGGAGGAGUUUGGAGUUGGAAGCUCAAUAAUUGCAGUGGGUUUCCUUGAGGCCAUUGCUGUUUCCUGGUUCUAUGGCAUCAAAAGAUUUAGCAAUGAUGUUCAGGCUAUGCUGGGCAAAGCCCCGGGGCUGUUCUGGAAAGUGUGCUGGGUUGCCAUCAGUCCUGCAUUUCUGGCGUAUAUCAUUGUGAGCUCCCUGCUGAAAGCACCACCCCUUGCGCUGUUUGAUUACAAGUACCCAGACUGGAGCAUCACAGUCGGUUACUUCGUCGGCUUGUCAUCCUUCAUGUGGAUCCCGAUCUACAUGGUCUACAAGCUGGUGUGGACCCCUGGUUCUCUCAAACAGAGGUUGGCUGUGUGUCUGAGGCCAGAGAGGACAGUACCAGACAUCCACGGUGACAGCCUCAACAUGGCCACUGUACCAUAGAGAGACAAACAUCUCUGUGUGCUUUUAGAUUGCCAUUGAAAUCACAAUUUUAAGCUAUUUAUGGCUGAACCUAAACGUGAUCUAACAUAAUGACUGCUUAUCAGUUAUGGUGUUGAACUUUCACCGCAUGUGUACACUCUGU